GUAGUACCAGAACCUCCCACCACCACUUAUAUCCCAACCACAGACACUGAUACUUUACUACACAUCCCUCAGCCUCAGCACACAGCACGUUUACACUCUUUUGUCGCUGGUUUGGACGUGAAAAUCUCGACUAUCUGUAUAUUAAAUCCCCAGAGUCAGUGUGGAGUUGCGUUGCUGCUUGUUACGCACCGUUAUAUUGACCGUCGGAGCCGUGACGUCGCAGCGCUGUCCCCGAGCCAGAGAGAGCUGAUCUUCAGUCCAUGUCGGGACUUCUUCAGAAACACAUUAAGGCUGAGAUGUGAUUGUAAACUGCAGAAGAAAAGUUGUUUCACAUCGCAGGACACAUGGACCAACCAGAGGAGGAGCUGCAGCAGAUCGCCUUAUGGCUCAGUGAGGAGGGACUCACUCCUGACGCCCCUAAAGAGGCUCAGCUGUGUUUACUAUGGAGUGCCCUCGAGCGCACAAGAAGCUGUCUGAACAGUGUGUCGUGGGACCUGGACACCCAGCGCUCACAACACUUAGCAGAGAUGGCAGAGGUACGCAAGUCCUUGGAGCAGAUCCGAAUCUUUACAGAGCACAAAGACGUUUUGGCUCAGGAGAUACAAGAUGAGAACGAUCAGCUCAAGGACCAGCUGCGACACAUAAUAUCCCUUCAAGAUUCCCAGAUCAGCGAGGUGGCUAAGAUGCUGUACCAGCAGGGUCUCACAGAGUUGAUCCACAGCAGCCCCAGUGAGCAGGUGGCCUACCUGCUGGUAGAGAGAGCCUCCUUAAUGGAGACGAGUGAGGAUCCGAACAAUCUGACGGGUGACGGAAACACAGCCAGGCCGCUGGGGACUGAAGCCCAGGCGCUGAACACCAGUGCACAACAGUCUUCCCACAAGGGGGCACCGCCACGUCACGGCCAGAGCCCAUGGAAGAGACUCUUUGGACUCCACAAAGCUUCACAGAGCAAACAUACUUUUAUUCCUGCUGAGGCCAGGCAUUUGGCUGGCCAGGCAAGCAGCGUGGAGAGGGAAUGUUCCCGUCUGGAGCGGGACCUGGAGGAGGGCUCCCGCCGGCUGGCCAUGGCCCACAACGAGAUGCGGCGUUUGACCGAUGAGCUGGAGUCCGCUCAUUUGACCCAAAGAGCUUAUGAGCCUGAGCUGCAGGCAGCACAGCAGGAGGUAGAGCAACUCAGGCAGGAAGUACAAAAACUGAAGAAAUAUGAAAUGGUGGAACUGCGAAAGGCCAAAGAGCUGAACGAUCGUCUGGACCUUGAGAUCAGAGCCUUGAGGAGCCGGGUACGCACCCUGGAUGCUGAGAAAGGCUCUCUGCAGCAGACGGUGGUGUCUCAGCAGGAGAAGGUGGAGCGGCUGGAGUCGGCCCUGCAGGAGCAGCAGCAGCUCCUCACUGUGCAGGUUCAGGCCAGCCGGGCUGAAGUGGUUUCUCUGCAGAGGGAGGUGCAGCGUCUGGAGAAGCAGCAGCAGCUGGUUCAUGCGAACCAGACAAAUGACUUAGCUAAAUCUCAAGCAGAAGAGCUGUCACAGAGUAACCAGACCUGCAGAAACUUACAGGAAGAACUCACUGCUCAGAAAAGAUGCCUUUUGGAAAAGGAGGAAACAGUGGUGUCUCUGCAGAGGGAGGUGGAGCGGCUGGAGUCGGCCCUGCAGGAGCAGCAACAGCAGCUCCUCACUGUGCAGGUUCAGGCCUACCACGCUAAUGAGUUAGCUAAAUCCCAGGCAACUGAAUUGAUUCAGAGCAAUGAGAUCUGCAGAGAGUUACAAAAUAAGCUCAGCGCUCAGUCGAGAUGUCUUUUGGAGACGGAGUCAGAAAUACAUUCCCUAAAGCAGCAGCUGGAUACUUCCCAUAAUGACCUGGACAAUCUUGUAUCUACCAUCUGCACCAAAGAAAACAAUCUUCAGGAUCAAAAGCUGUGGAACCAAAAAGAGCAACAGUGUGAAAACACUCACUGUCAGCUGAAAGCUGAUAAAGAGCUACAGACACAACUACAGCUGCUGCAGAACAAGGAAAACACUCUGCGUAAGAAGUGUCCUGAUUAUCAAGAAGCAGCGAAGACUCUGUUGGCCACCCAAGAUGAGUGCGAGACACUCAAGAAGGAGAUCUGUGAAACUCUUAAAUGCCUCGACAAAGAGCGGAGUAAAUACCACGAAAUGAAAGAAAAGCACAAGGUGAAACUGUGUCGAGCCAAACAGAAAUGUGAUGAUGAAACGACAUGGCGCGACGAGAAGAUAAAACAUCUAGAGCGAGAGCUGUCCUUGUGUUCCCAUUCAGUAGCAAAGGAAAAAGAGCUCACCAUAAGCAUUACUGAGGAAAAUGAGAAACUACUUGUUGAGAGGAGAAGGCUACUACAGCAGCUAAAUGAGGAGGAGCACAGCAAGAAAGACAGUCAUCUAACAGCUUCUCUGUCCAAAUGCAGGGUGGAUUUUCUCGAGAUGGAAAACAAGAAACUAGGAAACAAAAUACUCCACAUGUCCCAUCAGCUCGCUGUCCUGGAACGCAGCCUGCAAAACAUGCAGUCACUCCACUUUGCCGAGGAGCUGAAGAAAACAUCUAAUAUUAUGCAAGUUUAUAAAUCCCUCCCUGUGCAAACUUCGAGUGUGACGAAACCUGAGCUGUGUGAAAUUCAGGGCUUAUUAGACGAUCCUCAGAGCAAGCAGACGGACGUAGCUUCCUCCCCCCACUGUUUCAUCUCUGGGCCCCCGUCUCGAUCGGCAGAGAUGGGCUACCUGAAUCUGACCUCCGCUCAGGGACGCCCAGACCCCUCAGCUCCACCGGCCGCCAUCAGCAGCUCAGACAGUUUGUGUUCCUGAGAUUUUCUGUCUGUCUGCAACAUAAAUAUACUGUACAGAAAUUAUUUUAUUUGUAAUUAAAUGAAAUUAAUAAACAAAAUAGCAGAAGAA